AUGUACGACAAUUUGAAUGAUACGUCUAAGAGCAGUGGUAGACAACUUGCCAGAUAUAUCACGCUAUUACAAUGUUGGAUUUAUGAGCAUUUUUCAUCUGGUGUUGAGGCUAUUACUGCUGACGAUUAUCAUGAAAGGAAACCACAUGCCUUUGUUGUCAUGCACCAACCAGAGAGGGUUGUGCGGCAGUUUGGGUAUGUUCAGACUAUUCCUCCAUACUCUUCGGGUUCAAGAUUAUGCAUAGAAGAUAUUGACAAUAGAUGGAUGCAUUUCUCUAAGUACCCUGCACCGCCCGAGCAUCCAAUUAGACAUCUAUAUGUCACGCAAGAUGACACAUAUGUGGAACCAGAUAUUCCUCAGUACCCGGUGGCGCCAACAGCUGUGGAGGAAGCACCUGCACAUGCACCUUCUCAUGUAGAGCAGCCUCGACAUGCAAUGGAGGAUUGCCAAUCAAUAGCUGAAAGGUUGGAACGGUUGCUCAACCUAAGGAUAGUGACUGAAGACACAGAAGCAUACAAUGUCAUGGAAUACUACCUAAGGAUCGCCAAAGGUGUGACUGCAGAUCACAAUAUAUAUGUACGGUCGCGACGAAGGCGACGCAUAGAAGACACAUGA